AUGAAUAGAGAUGUGUCACAAGCUAUAGGCAUUUUGUAUACAAUAAAAUCAACUAAGUUUAUUAUAAAUCUAUUCAUUUUGGAAGAAGUUCUGCAGUUAGCAAAUAUACUUAGUACAAAAUUUCAACAAAAGUCUGUAACAUUAGGUAAAACGGUAAAUCUAAUUGAAGGGAUGAUUGAUACUUUUGAACAAAAUCGUUCGAAUACAACAUGGACUGAACUAUGGACCAAAAUAAAUGAAUUUAUGAAAGAGAAUGGGAUGUCAAUUGACAGUUCUAAUGAUGCAGAAUCAGGAGGAUUAUCCCCAUCUAGACCUAAACGAUUAAGGAAAGAGCCCUAUCAUUUAAAUACUUAUGUUGUAACUUGUACCACUAGUGCAGAGACGGAACAAAUUUCAACUUUUGAUAAUGACAUUAAAAAUAUUUGGAAGGUUAAAUAUUUUAACAUCUUAGAUGCUAUAAUAAUAAAUAUGAAAAAAAGAUUUUCACCUGAAAGCCUACAAAUGGCAAUGGCUAUUGAUAGUUUCACAAAACUAAACUUUGAUAAAAGUUCAUUUUUCAUAGACAACUACAAGGUAACAAUUAGAAUAUUUAAAUAA